AUGCUCCCCACGCUCGUUACCCUCCUCCUCCUCCUCCUCCUCCUCCACCUCUCGCUUCUCCCCCUCGUCACCGCGACCGCAUCCCCACUAUUAAACCGUGAUUUUCCCGACCCCUCCAUCCUCCACGACUCCUCAGGAACCUACUACGCCUUCGCCACCUCCCUCCUCACCGGCCCCUCCCCAAAAAACAUCCAAGUCGCCUCCGCCCCUUCCCCGUUGGGACCGUGGACCUACCUCGACAUCGACCCCCUCCCCAACCCGGGCUCCUGGACCUCGGGCCCCGGCUCUUUGACCUGGGCCCCCUCGGUGAUCCGGCUAUCAGACAACUCCUACGUGAUGUACUACUCUGGCCAGCUCUCCGGCAACAACAGCGCAUACCACUGCAUCGGCGCCGCCAAGUCAACAUCCUCCGUCACAGGUCCGUACACACCCCUAUCCCAGCCAAUCGCUUGUCCCCUUUCCCAAGGCGGGGCGAUCGACCCGGCCGGGUUCCUGGACCCCCUGACAGGGAAACGGUAUCUGGUCUACAAGGUUGAUGGGAACUCCCUCGGGAAUGGGGGUUCGUGUGGGAACAGUGUUGCUCCUCAGGUUCCGACCCCGAUAGUACUGCAGCCGGUGGCGGAUGAUGGGAUCACUUUCGUUGGGGAGAGGGUCACGAUACUGGAUCGGACGGAGGAGGAUGGGCCGCUGGUGGAGGCGCCGGAUUUGUGGUUUGACUGGGGGACGGGGACGUAUGUGCUUUUUUAUAGUAAUCAUUGUUGGAGCGAGGAGGGGUACUCGGUGAAUUAUGCCACGAGCGGGGAGGUAACGGGGGUGUACAAGAGGGCGAGUAAGGGGAGUUUGGUUGCUACGGGGGAUGGGUUGGGGGUUGUCGCGCCGGGGGGCGCGAGCGUGGUGAGGAGGGUGGAUGGGGACGGUGGGGGGAACAGGACGAGUAUUGUUUUUCAUGGGAACUGUGGGGAGGGGAGGUGUUUGUUCGGGGUUGAUGUUAGUAUUGGGCUUUCCUGAGGGAUACAGGGAUAUGAGUCUGGGUAUGAGGUAAGGAGAGAUCUCAUGAUGGAUAUGAAAGCACAUGGUUGGAUGGUGGUUCGAGAUGGGGACAGUGCUAUAGUAAGCGAGGCAAAGAGAUAUGGCGGGAUGGAUAUCAAAAGGCGUACAUAUAUGAAUUAAUGUGUAAUACGAUUUUCA